AGUUUUAGCUGUGUCAAUGGUCGGCUACAGAGGUGAUAGCAAGCUUUCUAGUAGAGAUUACGCUUUAGCUGGAGCUCUUGCUGGAGCUGUGACGAGAGCCACAGUUUCUCCUCUUGACGUUCUCAAAAUACGAUUUCAACUUCAAGUAGAGAAUUUUAGACACAACCGUGCUUUUCAGGAGCGUACUCCGAAGUAUAGAGGACUACUUCAAGCUGUUCAAGUAAUCUUACAAGAGGAGGGUGUACGAGCUUUUUGGAAAGGACACAUUCCUGGUCAGCUGCUGUCAAUAGUAUAUGGUAUGGUUCAGUUUACUACAUUUGAAUAUUUGACUUGGAGUUUAUCAUUGAAAGCAGCAGAGUGGAAAAGACCAGGUGUACAUUUUGUUAGUGGAGGAGUGUCUGGAUGUGUGGCUACAUUUUGUGUCCAGCCAUUUGAUCUACUACGGACACGGCUUGUAUCACAGGGUGAACCAAAAAUCUAUCAAAACUUAGCCCAUGCAACAUUGACAAUCUUUCAAAGAGAGGGUGGAAAGGCAUUUUAUAAAGUGAUGAGAAACUCCAAAGAUGGGAAUCACAGAUAAAGCAAUUAAUGGCUUGAAUUUAAUCUGCUUCUGUAUGCCUACACCUCAGACAUUGUGCAUUCUGUAAAGUAGUAUUUAUUGUGUUUUGGUUAUCCUUGAUUUCAAUUGUAUGCUGUAGGGUUUUG